UAGCAGAAUUUAGACGAGUAAGUGGCAGAAUGUUCGAUUUAAAUCUGGUCACACUGCCGCCAUCAGAUCAGCCGCCAUUUAAGUUCUGUCGUCGGUUAUUAAAUGUCUUUGUUCGCAUUUUUUUCGGAAGUCUAUAUUUAGUGCAUUUAGCCGAAUAAAGAUAAUAACUUGCAAUAAUGGAUGACGAAUGGGAUGAUUCUCCUGCAGUUGUAUUACCCCCGCCAGUAGCAAAUAAUGGUUACUAUGAAGAUAAUGUAGAUGAAGGUCACAGUUUAUCCAGGGGCAGAGGCUUUCAGUCCUUUAAUGACAAUGAUUAUUCAAAAGACAUGGACAAUGGGUUUGGAGAGAGGAGGGGCCGCGGUGGAGGUAGGGGGCGUGGUGGCCGUGGCGGAAGAGGAGGUUCCCGAGAACCCAGAAAUUUUGACUCAAAUGGAGAUUUCAAUGAUGAUGAAAGGGACAGGGGCGAGAGAGGUGAUCGUGGCAGGGGAAGGGGUAGGGGCAGAGGAGGGGGAGGGAGAGGUGGUCGACACAAUGAUGGAGGGGAGGACAAUGAUGGGGGUGGUGAUGAUGAAAUGAAAAAGGCACCAGUCACCUAUGUGCCUCCUGAGCCCACAGACAAUGAACAAGAAAUGUUUAGCAGUACCAUCAGCUCAGGAAUUAACUUUGAUAAAUUUGAUCGAAUUGCUGUUAAAGUGAGUGGAGAAAAUCCACCUCGGCCGAUAGAAAGUUUUGAAUCUGCAAAUUUACGGAAGUCUGUGUUGGAAAAUAUAGCAAGGUCUGGUUAUAAGAAGCCUACUCCUAUACAAAAGCAUGCCAUCCCAAUUAUAACAGAGGGCAGGGAUCUUAUGGGCUGCGCACAAACGGGUUCUGGAAAAACUGCAGCCUUCCUUGUUCCUAUAAUAAAUAAGAUCCUUGAAGAGGGAGCACCACUUACUGUGAGUCCUAAUGCUCAACCCCAGGUUAUAAUAGUAUCACCUACAAGAGAAUUAACACUUCAAAUAUUUAAUGAAGCGAGGAAGUUCUCAUAUGGUUCUGUAGUGAAGGUUGCUGUGGCAUACGGAGGAACUGCCGUCCGACAUCAAAGUGAUAAUAUUUCACGCGGCUGCCACAUCCUGGUGGCGACUCCGGGCCGGCUUCACGACUUCGUGGACCGGCGACGUGUGUCGUUCGAGCAGGUGCGCUGCGUGGUGCUGGACGAAGCUGACCGUAUGCUCGACAUGGGCUUCAUGCCCACCGUUGAGAAGAUGAUGGAACAUCCCACAAUGGUCCCUAGUACUGAGCGCCAAACUCUGAUGUUCUCUGCAACAUUCCCCGAGGACAUCCAGCAUCUGGCAGGCCGCUUCCUCAACAACUAUCUGUUCAUCGCUGUGGGCAUCGUGGGCGGCGCAAGUACCGACGUCGAACAGAUAUUCCACCAAGUCACCAGAUACGAGAAGCAGAACACGCUCAAGAAACUUAUCGAGGAGAAUGACGGUAAACGCGUGCUGGUGUUUGUGGAGACGAAGCGCAACGCGGAUUUCAUAGCGGCGAUGCUCUCGGAGCAGCAGAUGUUGACGUCGUCCAUUCACGGCGACCGCAUGCAGCAGGAGCGCGAGGAGGCGCUGCAUAACUUCAAGAGUGGUCGGCAUUGCAUACUGGUCGCCACUGCGGUCGCCGCAAGAGGACUAGAUAUCAAAAACGUUGACAUUGUGGUCAAUUACGAUCUGCCAAAGAGCAUAGAUGAGUAUGUGCACAGAAUCGGACGUACCGGACGCGUUGGCAACAGGGGCAUGGCUGUUUCCUUCUUUGAUGCAGACCAUGAUGUGGCGCUGAUGGCAGACCUGGCGAAGAUACUGCGGCAAGCUGACCAGCCCGUGCCAGACUUCCUGGAGGGCGGCGGCACUGCCACAUACACGGGCAACAAGUACGGUGGCAGCGAUGUCCGGAAAUUUGGCAACGCGCCUUCAAACAUACCUCAAGGUCAAGAACCUGAAGAGGAAUGGUAAAUAAGUGUCCAAUAUUAUAAAAAAUCUUUGCCAAAAAAGUUUGGCUGCUAGUGCAACUAAUGAUGCAUGUAUGUCAUUGGUGCUUCACUCGUAGAGUUCUGCCUAUCCCAGAUAGGAACUAGCGCAUACAUUUUGACCUGAAAAAGACUGCAAUUUGACAAGUAUUGUAGUUAAGUGAUUUAUUUUAAGACUCGUGUACAAAAUACGAUCCUCAGUGACUAUUAAACAGUAAUAUAAGGCAAGGGAUGCUCGAUGUGAAAUCGAUUUGAAUAAAAACGGCUUAUAAUCGAAUUUUUUAUCGAUAACGUAAUCGAUGUUUAAACACUUUGUUGAAUAUUAUAAGAAAAAAG